UGCAAAUGCACGCACACACACACACACACACACGUACAUGCAAAUGCACACACGCACAUACAAACACACACAUAAUUGUCAUUUCCAUGUGGUAUAUAAUUUAACAAAUAUUGAUAAGCAAUAGUAGAGCUUCCUGAUAAAGGAGGUGUAAUGUUGCACACUAUAAAUUAUAAAAUAAUUUUGUGUCAAAACUUCAUAAUGGAUUAAAUUUAUAUUUAAUAAAUUUUUAAGGCAAAAUAUGCCAGUGUCAAGUGAAAUGACUGUGGAUGGAAGUUCACUGAGAGGUAAAAAUAUAAUUAUCUCCAAAUGUACAGCACGCAGAACUAUUCACUACUCUGAACUGCAAUACCCACAACUACAAUGCUCAGAACUGCAGUACCCGAAACAUGCACUCAGAAGUAUAAUGUCACAUAUUGUUAUGAAGCGCAUGGUUUUCUGGUAAAGGUGAAGGUUGUGGCGUGGACUGAUGAUGUCAUUAUUCAUGUUGCACAGUGGGCUACUCUCUCAGACGCCUCGGAAUGAUCAUUUGGUGAUGUCAUACCAGGACGUGUGUGAGAGUUCCUUUACGGGGUCUUAAUGAGGAGCUGUAAUGCAUCUGUAGAUUCACUCCAGAACAGAUACUGCAGAAAACGGGACCAGAGCUGAAAGGCCGCUUUUCAUUUUUAUAUUUCCCUCGAUUCAUGUCUUAUCUCCAGACUGUUUCAUCUGUACGGAUUAAACUGGCUGAAAUAUUUCCAGGUGUUCAUCUGUGUUUGACUAAUCCAGGAGUCUUCUCAUGGCAUUUAUACUUGUGACAGGUGUUUAACCUGAGUAACAUGAUCUUAACAUGUGCUACUGCCAGUAAACACAAUAUUUAGAUGUGUAAACUAAUCCCAUUGGUUAUUUGUGCAGGGGUACACCUUUGGCCCAGUUGCUGAUUGGCUGGCAGCCUUGCAGGACAAGGUAUAAUCGGUGUUAGUGCUGCAGUAGCUGCGUUGCUGCAGUAGCUUGUCUUUACUCCUCAGGCUCAUGCUUUCUGCAGCUCCAGAUGCGCAGAAUGUGCAGUUCUGUAAUAUCUGCGCAGCUAGACUACUCGACUGCAGGAAUGCAGAAAGGCCGGCUGGUUUCACACAUUAUAGGGGGCAUGCCUGCUGGCUCUGUGCUCUUCCAGGUCUGCAGAGGGCGCUGCAGUUUAUGGAUUACAAUGGCAGUUGGGCAUUAAAUAUGCUGACAAAAUUUGUCCACAUAAUGUUCUGUUAAACAGAUUGACAAAAGAAGGCAUUUUGUUGAUGAUUGGUCAUUUACUGCUCUACAGGAGUAACACUGGUUUUAUACCUUUCAGUAAAGAAAUUCAGUUUGAUUUUAAUUAUAAAAACUUUAUUUAUUUGUAAACUGCAAAUAAUAAAUAAGAUUCUCUCAAAAGGACUGGCACAGAGCCCUUAGGUCAACUGAACAGUCCGGGGAGAUACCAGUGUGAAACAGACAAAAAAAAUUUUUUUUUUAAAUUUAAAUAUGCUCAUUCAUUAAAAUGUGCACAUGUUUGAAUGGGUAUACUGUAGAUUUAGAUAAAUCGGUGAUUUAUCCUCUGGAUUUUAUGGUAUUUUAUAUUCGGACUCGUGAGAAAUAGCCUAGUAUCACAUAACGGAUUUUACUUUUCUGUACUAUCAUUACAUUCUGAGCUAAACCGUAAACCCUCCUCCAUUCUCGCAGUGGUAGGAAGAUCCCUUGUGAGCACAUUGCUAAGCGGGUGCUUCGAAUGCACAAACGUGAAAUCCGUUGCGGAUUAAUAGUUCUCGAGCGGUGCUAUUGGUUGCAUUUUAUUUAGCUAAGUUAGCAAAUUUAUUUCCGAAAAUAAAAAUUGGGCUUGUUUAUAAAAUAUAGACUACCUGAUACAUUUUUGCCUUAUCGUGGUUAUCCGCCUGUAAAAAUCGAGUAUUAAUUCGAGCCGUUGUAUGAAUAAUUUUUUGUCAUAUUUCGGCAAUCGCAUGUCCGCGUGACGUAACAGUAGCAUCUGUGACGUGCCCCUACAGGUUCUAUAUAUUCAGGUAAUCUGAACCAGUUUUACCCCGUCGUUUCAAAAAACUACAUUGCUUUCAUUUAAGCUACUAGUGGUGAUUUUUGCAUCGACAUUACAACGUUCAGUCAAGAGCAUUCUAAUCACACAUUUGUGAUCUUACUAAACCUUUUGCUCCGAAUUAGCUAUUUGCUUAUACGUUACAAGAACAGUCAUUUGGAUCAUAAGUAACGUCGGAGAUGGAUUUAUUCCGGAAGUUACGAUCUCGGGUAAGUAGUAAAAAUGCCGAUUUUUUAAAAAUUAAAAGCAAUUAAGUAUUAACAGGCUGGUUGAACGCAACAUUUCUUGAAUUAAUUUUCUGUUACAAGUGAACUGAAAUAAUGUAUUUUACCUGCAAUAAUGAAGUGUCUGAGAAUAUGGUCAUUGAACUCUAUAUAAUAAUGUCAAUAAAAAUAAAUAAUACGAAAAAUACAUUAUGGAGACCUGGGGCAAAUGAAAUCACACAUACGUGUGUGUUGUGGGAUUUGAUAAUGCUACUGUUGUGUGUAUUCUGAUGUUAAGAGGGGAGUUGUUUGCCGCUCAUGAGAAUAAGGUGACAAAAAGGGACACGGUACCAGGGAAGAAUGACAAUAAUUAUGUUCAAAAUCAUUUUUUAUUGCUGACCAACGGUAAUAUAACCUGAUCCUAGGGCUGCCCGUCAGUUUUGCCCCCAAAUUUGCAAUCGUGGAAAGUGGAGAGGGAGGGGCUUAUUUCAAACAGUGGUUAUAAGGGGCCCUUUUGCGGGAGGCGGGGCCUACAUGCAGUGUGUACCUUGCUUAUAGCACAGGGCAGCACUGCCUGACCCAGACUAUUUUUCCAGCUACAGUCUGAAAAACUUAUUUAGCAAAUCUUUUCCGCACAAGCAUCGUGCUGGUGUGGGAUACUUAAAGGAUCAGAUUUGACUAUAUUUUGGGGCCCUGAUAAACACCUGAAUUGCUGAUAAAAACCUGUGAAAUCAGCUUCUGCUACAAGUGCAUACUGCCAACCAAAAACUUGACCAAUGAAAGCCAUUGAAUGGGGAAAAAAAACCAAUUCAUGAAUAAGGUCACUGCAAUUUCUGCAACUACUGUGUAAUCCGGGAGCUUGCAGCUGCUUACGUCCUUUUCUUUGUGUUAAACAGAAGGCAGGCGUGCGAAAUAUUGAUGCCGCCAUGGCGAUGGCGAUAAAGGCAAAAGAUGAGGAGAUGUUUCGAGAGAGGGAGGAAUGGAGGAGAGAGAAGGCAGCUCUGGAGGCCGAGGUCAGAGCGAGGGAAGUAUUGGCAAGGCAGGAAGUGAACCAGAUGGUGGAGAAACAGAGGGAAGAGAUGGAGAGGGUGAUGUGCUUAGAGAGAGAUUGGUGGAUGCGAGAGAAGCAGACUAUGGUGCAUGCGAGAGAGAGGAUAGAGCAGGAGAGAGACAAAAUGGAGGAGGAGAAAGAGAUAAUGGUGGCGCAGAUGGAGGAGAUGGAGAGAGUGAACAAGAGGAUGGAGGAGGAGAAAGAGAUAAUGGUGGCGCAGAUGAAGAGAGUGAAGGAGAGGAUGGAGGAGCAGAAAGAGAUCAUGGUGGUGCAGAUGGAGAAGAUGGAGCGAGUGAACGAGAGGAUGGAGGAGGAGAAAGAGAUCAUGGUGGCGCAGAUGGAGAACAUGGAGAGAGUGAACGAGAGGUUAGAGGAGGAGAAAGAGAUCAUGGUGGUGCAGAUGGAGAAGAUGGAGAGAGUGAAUGAGAGGAUAGAGGAGGAGAAAGAGAUCAUGGUGGCGCAGAUGGAGAAGAUGGAGAGAGUGAACGAGAGGAUAGAGGAGGAGAAAGAGAUGAUGGUGGGGUGCCUGGAGAGAGAGAGAGAGCGGGUGGAACGCAUGGAGGAGGUAAUAGUGGUGCAGAUUGAGAACAUAGAGAGGGAAAAAGAGCGGAUGGAGCAGGUGAAAGAGACGAUAGUGGCAGACGUAGAAAUGAUGGAGCAUGAGAAAGGGCGGAUGGGGCUGAAGAUGCGUGAGAUGGUGGCAGAGAGGGAGAGGCUGGCACUGGAGAAAGAAAGGGUAGUUCAGGAGAGAUUGAUGAUGGAUGUGACGAGAGAGAUGGUGGAGUGGGAGAGUAAGUUCAUUCACAGUGAAAGAGAAGCCAUGGAGAGAGAGAAGCAGUUCUUGCAGGUGGAUUUCGAUCUGCAGAAUGAGCUGUGGGCCAGGCAGAAAGAGUGGAUAGAGACGCAGAGGCGGAAGGUAGAGGACGAUCGGGAGAACGUGGAGAGGGAGGUAAGCUGUAGGCUGCUGGACAGGCAAGUGCUAACGGAGACGCCCCAAAAAAAGGCGAGAAGGCUCCCGCUGUUAGCGUUCUUUAGGAAGAGAACGGGCAAGGACAAAGAACGUGCGACCAAAGAGGAGGAAGAAGAAUCCGAGCAGCCAAGGACGUCCAGAAAGACGUUCCUCUCAUCCAUACGAUUUUGGAAAAAGGGUUGAGGAAAAGAUUUUAAAAAGGAGACUCCCAGUGAGGGUAUGGAGACAUGGGACAGGCGG